AUGUUGGUAAGCAGUUCUGUAAAUCACAGUGUGAAAACUAAUGAAAUCAAAUCUUUUUACAGAUGCAAAUACUGGCAUUACGAUGAUAACCUGCUCACCUCCAGCGUUGUCAUUGUCUUCCAUAAUGAAGGAUGGUCCACGCUGAUGAGGACGGUCCACAGUGUCAUUAAGAGAACACCAAGGAAAUACUUGGCAGAAAUUGUGCUGAUUGAUGAUUUUAGCAACAAAGCACACUUACAAGAGAGGUUGGAUGAGUAUAUUAAGCAGUGGAAUGGCCUUGUAAAGGUAUUUCGAAAUGAGAGGAGAGAAGGUUUAAUCCAAGCCAGGAGCAUUGGAGCCCAGAAGGCUAAGCUUGGUCAGGUUUUGGUUUACCUUGAUGCCCAUUGUGAGGUGGGAAUUAAUUGGUAUGCGCCACUUAUAGCUCCUAUAUCUAAGGACAGAACCACAUGCACUGUGCCACUUAUAGAUGUCAUAGAUGGCAACACUUAUAAGAUUGUGCCCCAAGGGGGUGGUGACGAAGAUGGGUUUGCUAGAGGAGCGUGGGAUUGGAGUAUGCUAUGGAAGAGGGUUCCCUUGACCAAGCGAGAGAAGGAAAGCAGAAAGACAAAAACUGAACCGUAUCGGUCCCCUGCAAUGGCUGGUGGAUUGUUUGCCAUUGAACGCGAUUUCUUCUUUGAACUGGGUCUCUACGAUCCAGGGCUUCAAAUUUGGGGUGGUGAAAAUUUUGAAAUUUCUUACAAGAUCUGGCAGUGUGGGGGAAAACUGUUGUUUGUUCCCUGCUCUCGUGUUGGACACAUCUAUCGUCUCCAGGGCUGGCAAGGAAAUCCACCCCCUGUGUACGUUGGGUCUUCUCCUACAUUAAAGAACUAUGUCAGAGUUGUAGAAGUGUGGUGGGACGAAUACAAAGAUUACUUUUAUGCCAGUCGGCCGGAGACGAAAGCGCUACCCUAUGGAGAUAUAUCCGAGCUGAAAAAAUUCCGUGAAGAUCACAACUGCAAAAGUUUCAAGUGGUUUAUGGAAGAAAUAGCAUAUGAUAUAACUUCAUACUAUCCCUUGCCACCUAAAAACGUGGACUGGGGAGAGAUCAGAGGCUUUGAAACAUCUUACUGCAUCGAUAGCAUGGGGCACAAUAACGGUGGCUUCGUUGAGCUUGGGCCGUGCCACAGAAUGGGAGGAAAUCAGCUUUUCCGAAUCAAUGAAGCUAAUCAACUCAUGCAGUAUGAUCAGUGCUUAACUAAAGGACCGGAUGGAUCCAAAAUUAUGAUUACACACUGUAAUCAGAAUGAGUACAAGGAUUGGCAAUACUUCAAGAAUCUGCACAGAUUUACUCACAUUCCAUCAGGGAAGUGCUUGGAUCGCUCCGAAGUCCUCCAUCAAGUUUUCAUUUCAGAGUGUGACUCCAGUAAAGCAACGCAAAAAUGGGAAAUGAACAACAUCCUUAGUGUGUAGACAGACAAAACCUACCUACUGACACGUUAAUUUGUACAGGACUGAAAAUAGCCUGAAAACUGCUGCAAUUAUUAACUCUGUACAGCUGCGAGCCUCCCGGCUUGGAUGAAGGACAUAGAGGAACUGUGAUUAUUACAAUAACAUUAUCAUCCGCAGUUAAUGUUUACAAAACUGCUUUACCUUAAACUCUGUAGAUGUUUACAUCUUUUUGUUUUAAGAUGUCGGUAAAUUAAUGUGCUGUUAGCUAUGUUUCAUAGCAGCAUAGCUAAAAGCGUUGUCGUCUUCUUUGGGAUUACACUCAGGGGUCUGAAGGCAGUUUUUUUACACACACUUGAAAAGGUUGGGGUAACCAGAUUUUCAUAGAACUUGGUGAUUAUCAACCUGUUGUAUAGUUUAAUUUUACAUCUUACUAAGCACUGCCACAGGUUAUUAGCCAGGGUGGCCUUCUCUCACAGUCAUGCUGCUUUUUUGGAAGGUGAAUUUCAACAUAUUUAGUGCCUCUUUCAUUUCUCUCUUUCACAAGAAAAGCAUUUGUUGGAAAUUAUACAGUGGAUUUUUCUGAGCUGUCACCAGAGGAAGGGACCAACCAUACCACCCCCUGUAGUUAUUGUGUUACCGAAGACACAUUUCUGUUGCCAGUUCGGCUGCUGUACUUCGACUGGACGCUUUGUACGGUGCAAGGAAGAGCUUAGCAUCGAGUUCAGUGCUGAUGUGGUACAUUUUGAUGGAAGUAAGCACCUCGUGAUUCCAGUU